AUGGGAGCUGAUACGGCUGAAGCUAAACACUUCUCCUAUGUUGCACAUACCAACACAUUCUGCCAGCUGACAAACACAGAAAUCACUUGUUAUGCAUUCCGAGCAUUCUAG